AUGUCGACUAAGCCCUCUCUUAAAGCUGCCGAGGACUUCCUCUCCUUCGUCAAUGCUUCGCCUACACCAUUCCACGCUGUCAAGUCAGCAAAAGAAAGGUUAGAGAAGGCCGGCUUCAAGCAAAUCAAAGAGCGCGACUCAUGGGCACCCACCCUCCAGCCCGGAGGCAAGUACUACCUCACCCGUAACACAUCCUCCAUCGUCGCUUUCGCUAUCGGCAACAAAUGGAAGGCCGGCAACCCCAUCGCCAUGAUUGGCGCCCAUACCGACUCUCCAUGCCUACGCAUCAAGCCUGUGUCUAAGCGAACAGGCGACGGCUUCAUUCAAGUAGCCUGUGAGACAUAUGGCGGUGGUCUCUGGCACACCUGGUUCGAUCGCGACCUCAGUAUCGCAGGUCGUGCUAUGGUACGAACAAAGGAUGGCAACAUUGAGCAGCGCCUGGUCAAGGUUGAGAGGCCAAUCUUGCGGAUACCCACUCUAGCCAUCCAUUUGGACCGCCAGGAGAACUUCCAGUUCAACAAAGAGACACAGCUAUUUCCUAUUGCUGGCCUGGUCGCUGCAGAGUUGAACCGCCAGGGUAAGACCGAUGAGACCAAGGAGGAUAGCAAGGACACAGAGACCGAGGGCCCACUCGCUGCCCCAACUGCAAGGCACCACCCCUACAUCAUCGACAUCAUCGCCGAGGAGGCCGGCGCCGAGCCAAGUGACAUAGUAGACUUUGAGAUGGUUCUGUACGACACACAGAAGUCGGUCAUUGGUGGCCUGAACAAUGAGCUCAUUUUCUCUCCGCGACUGGACAACCUCAUGAUGACCUACUGCAGCGUCGAGGGUAUCAUCAAGAGUCUUUCUGCAUCAUCCGCAUUAGAGAACGACUCGACCAUCCGACUCAUCGCAUGCUUCGACCAUGAAGAAAUUGGCUCCCAGACUGCACAGGGAGCCGACUCAAACCUGUUGCCUGCUGUAAUCCGCCGCCUGUCAGUCCUACCCGCCUCUGACAGCAACUCGGACAAGUCUUUUGAGAAGGUUGAAGCGGAUACUGCUACCGCUUACGAGCAAACGCUGGCCACAUCGUUCUUGAUCUCCGCCGACAUGGCCCACUCGGUGCACCCCAACUACCCGGCCAAGUACGAGUCCCAACAUAGGCCAGAGAUGAACAAGGGCACUGUCAUCAAGAUCAAUGCCAAUGCCCGGUACGCCACCAACUCACCAGGUAUCGUCUUGCUUCAGGAGGCAGCUCGGCGCGCGAAAGCGGCGUCUUACAAUCCAAAGUCGGCCAAAGAAGGUGUCCCGCUCCAGCUCUUUGUCGUCCGCAAUGACUCUUCCUGUGGUAGCACCAUCGGUCCCAUGCUGUCAGCAGCGAUGGGCGCUCGCACUCUUGAUCUAGGUAACCCUCAGCUCAGCAUGCACAGCAUCCGCGAGACUGGCGGUGCGCAUGAUGUUGAACAUGCCGUCAAUCUGUUCGACAGCUUCUUCGAAAACUUUGAGGAACUUGAGAAGAAGAUUAUUGUGGAUUGA